AAGAUCUCACUGGUUUCUCAAUUCCAAAGUGAUUCUAAAUAAAUCAUCGCUUUUCUAACUGCUUCCAUGACGAUCACAGUUAACUAUUCAGUUUGCUUACCUGCAGUCAUUAACUCAGUGUCUAUUGCUGUCUUAUUGUUUUUUUGUAGCAACAGUUGAUAAAUGUUUUGUGUCUAAUUAUCAUCAGUGUUACUGUGUAUUGUUUGAGAACUGGAUGCCAAUAAAAUAAAAGUUCAUAACUUCUUAUUUUAGACUGCUUAACAUACUUAGAUUGGACAAAUUCAAUUAAUCAUGAAGUGUAGUUAAGAUACAUACGGAAACCCAUGAUAACAGACCAAGUUACGUCUGUUACCUCCUUGUUCCCUAAUGUUACAUAUUGUUCCUUUGUAUUUUUACUUGAUAUAAUGUGUUUUGGAUCAUCACUAAAAAAAAAGUACCAACUGUAUAGAGUUAUGUCAUGUUGAGGCCUAUAUUCUAAAGCAAAAAUAAUUUCUUCCCCAAGGAGAUCUGAGAGUGGCAACUGAUGAUAUAGACAAGAAAAGCAUAUUCACUGUUUAUUACUUACUGCUGAUCGGUGACAGGAUUUCGCAUAGCUAAAUAAAAUGCUUUUAUUUUGUUUCAGAAUAAAAUAGCAUUCAUGGUUUAAAGUGCUGAACUGUAACAUGACUCUGUCAAUAUGUUCACAAUGGAAAUGUUAGUAUAGUUGCAAGAAUUGAAUAAAACGUUGCAGUCAGAGGCCUGGAUUCACCCCUUUUUCAGUCUCGACAAACUCAAUUUCACAUCCCAUAGCCUAACCUAAGUGCCCUCUUCCCCCUACCACGAGUAAAACUGUGCUAUAUAUAAUUGCUGUGAAUGUGGUGGAUGAUGAAUCAUUCCACUCCUGACACCCGGCACUGGAUAUUGGCUGGCCGUGCUCUCAACUGCCCGGCAUUUAGAAAUGGGCCCUCUUCAUUUACAUUCACAGAUGACGAGGACUUAAGAGUUCCUGGCCAUCAAUCAGCCUACUUAUGUAAAAGUGUCGAUAGCUCCUCAUGGAGACCUUCAGCCAGAGCAGCGAGCUGGUUAUCAGCUCGACGCAGAGUGAGCUACUGCUGCAGUCCCUGUGGCCCCAUGUCAUCAUCUUAAUCAGUAUUUUGACACUUUGAUUGGAGAAGGAUUGCAUAUUGUGCUGAACCUGUCCUUGGGCGCCGUAGAGAAUGGCAGAGCAAGGAGAACACACGGGGAAGGACAUGUAGUAUUCCCCUAUGUAUCCCCCUGAGAGCUGUGGAGUCUCUUUUUUUUCUCUUAUGUGCAAUUCUUGCUCUCUGCCUGGAGACAGAUCUGGGUUUCCACCUGGCCCACUUUCAAAGCUGUGGAGGAAAGAAGGCCAGGGAAGACUGACUGGAGGAAAACUAAAGUGCGCCAGUUAAUUUCGCUGUAUCGUAAUUGUUGGAAUGGUAUGAGUUUCAUCUAGUUUGCGAGUGCAUUAAGAGCUUUUAGCAUGAGUCCUCUGUGUUUGAGAGUGUGUUUUCUAUGUGUGCUUAAUAGGUCUGGACAGUAAUUGCAGGAUGGUGAUGUAGCAUUCAGCCCUGUAAAUGAUCAAAGCAAAAUCAACAACUCUGGUGCCUGCCUUUGAAUGACCUCAUUGGGCUGCUCACACAUUUUCCUUCACACAGUUCAAAUCUUAUACCCUAAUGCUUGAGCAUACUCUAUAUUUGUGCGUAGAGAUGUAAAUUGUGACAACGCUUGCACAGGGGCAGCCAUCCAAGACUCUGCAUGCCCAGUCAAGUGCUCAAAUGAGAAUAUGGAGGAGGAUUUUGAUUAAAAUGACUCAUGGGGUCACAAGGAUGGCUCUGGCAUCUUGACCUGGGGUUCUGAUGUUCUCCUGAAACGGUUGUGCACAGGUUUUGCAGCUGCUGGUUCCUUCAUUUCUUCAUUUCCCAGCUGUAUUUGUCAGAAUUUCCCUACACGAUCUUGCAGACCAAAAGAAAACAUAUGUCUAUAUUGGAUUUUGUUUACCUUCAGUGUAUCAUUGACCCAGAUUGAAUUCACAUUAUGGGCAUGCAUGCUGUCAAGUUGUGGCACAGCGCAAUCCAAGUCAUUUACAGCAAUUUAGGGAAAUCCAUAUCAUAUUUUCAUCUGCCUCUGUUUCUAAAUGCUGUUUUAUCUGUUUUCUCGCGUAUCCAUUUAUUUAUUUCUCCUCGAGUUUUGUUUAAAAACGCUUCCCCUGCGUGGUGGGCGACGCUUCCUCUUUAAUGUGAAACAGCGAGGACAGGAGUGUCGGGAAAAGAGGGGAGCGCAGAGGGAUGGGGCGAGGCGCGCACGGAGCUUUUAGUAUGCGCUGCAAUGCCCAACUGCAGCCCACGCACCUCAACUACGGUGAAAUAUGGUGAAAUAUGAGAGUCACGGGAAGAGCCGGCAGCUCGACAACAGUUAGUCGUGAUGAGAUGACACAGCCGCCGAACAGAUUAGUCCAAUAAAUAGGGAAGAAUUGGAGAUAAUAUGAAGGCGCGGACGAACGACCUCAAGGCACCUUUUAAGAGGAGAUAAACUGGAUAAAAAAACAUACAUGCGUAACGAGCGAAUCGCGGUGAAUUCCUGCAUGCCACUAUGAUGCUGUAGCCUGACAGAAUGAUGCUGUGCUGCUUUGUUUUAAUGCAUGGAGUCUGCUGUGGCUGCCCGUGAUCCACACGGGAUAUUAAGGGCUGCAAAUGGCUUGAGCAUGUCUGGCACCUGCCUCUCCAAAACUAACUCGCGCUUGCCAAUCAACUACAACAUGUUUGAACAGUAUAGUGCAUGAAGUUGGCUGCAAAUUUAUGAAACACUGUACUGUGUUAUGGGCAGUGAACAUAAGUCUCCGUUUCUUACUAAUGCGCGUCACUGGUGUCUUCAUAUUCAGAAACAAAUAAAACAGGAUGGUGGAAUUUACGCGCAGAUGCAUGACUAAAUAGUGAAUCAUUGAGAUAACGAUUAACAACUAAAAGAACAAACAAAGUGGUUUGGGUGUCAAACAGGUGAUUUCGCCCUAGAUGAAAUCUGCUGAAGCAUGGGUGCUCCCUGGUAGAAACAGUGCCAGCAGCGCCUCCCGCAACCAUCCCUUCCCUCCGUGCGUCUCUGCAGAUACCAGGCUGGAGGAUCACCUUUUUUUUUUUGUUUUUGUUUGCUAUUUGUUGUUGCUGCUGGCGGCGGCAUGGUUGUUUUGAGGAGGGAGGGUGUAUUUUUUUUUCCUUUUUUUUGCUGUUGUCAGCAUGUUUGCUUUUCACUUUUCCUCCUACAAUCGCCUCCUCUGACCAGCUUUCAACCUGUAGAGUAGCUGCAUGACAACAUGUAGCUGUCUGCUGGUUUACUGAGGACGAGGGAGGUAACUCCUGCAUCCUCACACCUUGUCCCCUUCUCCCAUCCCCACUGCCGCCUUGCUGCAGAGCCGGAGCUUCUGGUGAUACAUGAUUUGACCGAAAGGAGCCGCUUUGACCUGAGAGGGUGGGCUGACUUUGGACCGGACACUUCUGUAGAGCCCAGAGGACAAACUGUGAACGAGCCUGACAAGUGCCAGUGCAAAUAGGUUUUGCUGCCAGUGCUUGAACCCACGAGUGUGUGAAGCCUUUAUCUCCUCAAGGCCCAGCGUGGCCCCACCUUGUCUGAAAGCUGCAGGUCCCAUCUUGUUCCACCAUGACGGUUGCUACCAGCGACCCUGCCGACGAAGCGGCAGCACAUCCAGGCCAGCCUCAUGACCAGUACGACCCAGAGCCGGACCACGAGUGCUGCGAGAGGGUGGUCAUCAACAUUUCAGGGUUGCGCUUUGAGACGCAGCUAAAGACGCUCUCCCAGUUUCCAGAGACGCUACUAGGUGACCCAAAGAAAAGGAUGAGGUAUUUUGAUCCUCUCCGGAAUGAGUAUUUCUUUGACCGGAAUCGGCCAAGUUUUGAUGCAAUUCUGUAUUAUUACCAAUCUGGAGGGAGACUACGCCGGCCUGUUAACGUGACCCUGGACAUAUUUUCUGAGGAGAUCCGGUUUUAUGAACUUGGUGAGGAGGCUAUGGAAAUCUUCAGGGAGGAUGAAGGUUUUAUAAAGGAAGAGGAGCGGCCUCUGCCAGAGAAUGAGUUUCAGAGGCAAGUGUGGCUUCUGUUUGAAUACCCAGAAAGCUCAGGACCAGCUCGCAUCAUUGCCAUCAUCUCUGUCAUGGUGAUUCUCAUCUCAAUUGUCAGCUUCUGUCUGGAGACACUGCCAGUUUUCCGAAAUGAUGAUGCAGAAAUGAUGAAUCGGUUUCUAUUCGAGUAUGGGUCCAACAGCACCUCUACCGUUUACAGCUCACCAUAUUUUACAGAUCCUUUCUUCAUUGUAGAGACCCUCUGCAUCAUCUGGUUCUCUUUUGAGUUCCUCGUCAGAUUCUUUGCCUGUCCAAGCAAAGCUGGAUUUUUUGGCAACAUCAUGAACAUCAUUGAUAUUGUGGCAAUCAUUCCUUACUUCAUCACCCUGGGCACAGAGCUAGCAGAGCGCCCAGAGGACAGCCCGGGAGGCCAGCAAGCUAUGUCUUUGGCUAUUCUCCGUGUCAUUCGUCUAGUGAGGGUGUUUCGUAUCUUCAAACUCUCUCGCCACUCUAAGGGUCUCCAGAUAUUAGGACAGACACUAAAAGCCAGCAUGCGUGAGCUGGGCCUCCUCAUCUUCUUCCUGUUUAUCGGCGUUAUCCUCUUCUCUAGUGCAGUCUACUUCGCGGAAGCAGACGAGGAAGACUCCCAGUUCAACAGCAUCCCCGAGGCCUUUUGGUGGGCAGUGGUUUCCAUGACCACUGUAGGCUAUGGAGACAUGGUCCCAACAACAAUUGGAGGAAAGAUCGUGGGGUCUCUCUGUGCAAUUGCCGGUGUGCUGACUAUCGCCCUGCCUGUACCUGUCAUUGUGUCUAACUUCAACUACUUCUACCACAGAGAGACAGAGGGUGAGGAACAGGCACAGUAUCUGAACAUCCCAAGUGUGCCUAAAGCCAGCUCAGCUGAUGAUCUGAAGAAAGAAGGUCGAAGCGGCAGUGGAUCAACUCUCAGCAAGUCUGACUACGUGGAGAUCCAGGAGGCUGUGAACCAUAGCACUGAGGACUUCAGACCAGAGAGCAGGAAAACAGGGAACUGCACCAUGUCCAACACCAACUAUGUAAACAUCACUAAGAUGCGUACAGAUGUAUAAUGUGAGCUACUGUACGCGGGUAGCGUUUGCCAGGAUCUACAGAGACUGUAGCAGGAAGAUGGAGGUGUGACUCCCAGUACUGCCCAACAUAUGGGGCCCAGUACGGAAGUACACCAAGCAGAUGACUGAGGAUAACAUGGAGAAAGGGUCAACAGAGCGCAACCCAUGUUCUUCUACAUCAUUUGGACCUAUCAGUGCAUAUCAGAAUACUGCCACCCGUCUUAUUUAGGACAUUGUUAGUGUCUGCAUGGCAUUAGUCUUACCUAUGUGACAAUAGUUGUCCUGCUUGCAACAGUAGCCAAAUAGUAGCCUAACCUCUAAUAAUUAAUACUAACAACAUAAAGGGACCACUAGUUUAAACUUUCGUGCUCAAACUGCUCUAGAGAAGCUAAGUGAAACAGCAACUUACAUCAGACACCCUUUUUCCUUUUUACAUGUAACUUAACCUAAUACCUUGUGAUUAACACAAGCCAUAUUAUCAGCAUUCAAGAACAACUAAAAUCUGCUGCUCUAACUGCCAAGGUCCUGACUCAGAGGAAGACAUAUUACUGAGAUCACAGCUGUUGUAUCAGGGCAACACUGAAUUGAGCAACAGAGAGAAUGAAAGAGAGAAUAAUAGUAAUAUCUUUUUGGCCAAAUGGUCAAUUUUAUUCUAUUUUAUUUUGCUUUCUCUAUCAGAGAAAAUACACUACCAUUCAUCCCUUGGCUCUCACUAGAUCUUGUCUACAAGUUAGUGGCCUCUGUAGGGACCAACAGAUAGAAGACUGUGCUGUAAUUCUGGACCACAGUAGCACACCAAGUUCUUUUCCUGCCGUUUCUUCUUGAUGAAGCUCAAGUGGAUUUACAGUAUGCAUGUCAUAUGUAGACACUUGCCAAGACUCUGCCUUUUUAUUGUCUCUAACCAAUGCAGACUAACAGGUUGACAACAGAAAUAUCUCUCUAAAUGGAGUAUCUUGUUUUUUUUGACGUCUGUUCAUUUGAUUUGUAAUUAUGUAUUUUUUUUUGUAAUAUGAUUAAUACAUGAUGAAUGUGGGAUUCUCACCAAUAUUUUUAUAUUUUUUAUGCCUAAUGUAGAAUGAAAGACAGAAUAUUUUCGUUGUAGUGUUUGGAGUGAGUGCCUAUUUGUUCAUCCUCUUAACUGUACCUUUAAGUGUGUCUCUAGCUGCCGUUGACACAGACGUACAGUGUGAAGUGUUCAGUUUGACUCCACUGCCCAGCAAAGAUGUUGCUGUUCUUGACUUCAUAGCAUUCCAUGUUUGUAGGAGUAGAUAAAAUGAGAUUAAGGGGCAAAUGGAUUACAUUUUAGUGAGUUUUUCAGAAGUUAAUGUCAACACAGUUUAGGAAUUAAGGCAACAAAGUUAACUAGUCUGAUGUUUAAUUAAUUAAGGCUUUUAUGGUAUUUACCCCAAAGGCUUAAAAUCACAGAUUUGCAACUAAAGUGCUAAAAUACGAAAUAAAGUUAAUCUAUAAGACCUUUAAGGUCCAUCUAUAGUCAUUCCAGCAAUGCCAGCUUUGUAUUAUUGAGUCUUGCUGGUUAACUGAUAAGGAGCAAAGUCAGCCUCUAAGUUUACUCUAAGUUUGCUUAUGGUAUCUAGAAACCCAUUAGCAAUUAGCAUUACUGGUAAACAUGACUAAUCAGACCGAAACUACUGCCACAUCAUUUUAGCCUUUCAUGCCUACACUCCUCUUUAUCUCUCGCCUGAACAAAUACAUCAGAAUUAGUCAACUUUGUCUGCCUCUGCAACAAACUAAAACUAACAAAAAUGUGUUCCCAUUUUUUUUUUUUUGCUGCAUGCUGCCACCUGGCACACUGCAUCUUGGGUUGUAAAAGACAGUUUAUUUGUCUUAGUAGUUCUGUUUGUCUUUUUUUUGUAUCCAUGCAAUUUCAGCAAUCAUUCCAGUGGUCCACUGUGACGAUAUAAUAGAGGACCUAGCUUACGUGUCCUUUUUAUCAAAUAAAUGCUAUUCUGCUUUUGUAGAGCUGCAUGUCCUGUAAAGUAGUCAUUGUAGCAUGCAUUAGUAUGAAUAAUAUUCAAACAGCAAACUGACUUAAAUAUAUUCCUAUGUCUCUAGAGGUUUAGUGCUUGCGUCGCAAUCCAUGUAAAAUACUUAUGUGUUCACGAGGCAAUUUGUUAUCUCUAGUGUUAUGUAGAUUAAGGGAGUAACAGCAGCUUAAACACGAGAGGAAACAGGUUAAGUUAGAGAGGUGUAGAAAACACAGCAUGGUGAGGUGAGACUUUAAAGUUAUACUCUGGACUCCAGAUCAGGGAUUUCUAUACCUAAGACCCACAGUUAAUAAAUAUUAAAGAACAUCCCACUCCCUUCACUUCUAUAGACUUUACAGUCUUUUGCAGUCACAACCUAAAUAACUGUGUCACAUAAUCAAAGCACAACAACAGCUACGAUCUGCCGCCAGUCCAAUGGAUGCACCAGAGAUUCAUAGCUGGUCAGUCAGAGUUUUUGCUCGACCAAGUGUAUCAUAAUGCUCCAAGGAACUGUCUGAGUGCCCCAACCUCUGAUAUAUAGCUCCAUCACAUUGUGUGUGCAGUGUUGUCUGUGCAUGGGUGUGUGAGAGAGAGAAAGAGUGUGGGAUCGUGACAGAAACUGAGAGCUUUUAGAUACACGCAGGCUGAGGGUGUAGCUUUUAGAGACUAUGCGGUAGGAGUUUUGGAAAACACUGCUUUUCUUGAAUCCAGAUCAGGAUGACAAUGGUGCUCAGUGAGUGCACUCUGUCCCAUCUAGGCACGUUGUUUCCAGUCUGUGUGCUAUACAGUAUAUAUUCAACACAUGCACAUAGUAUAUUAAACAACAAAACUGAAAGUAAUGUGUUACUACACUCGCUACAGAUUAGAUCUAUGAGCAUGUGUUGACUUUUGAGAUAAAGUGCAGCCUAAUCUGUGGCCUGUUCCAUGGAAUGGAAGAGAGGAAAUACAAGGAAGGAGAGGAAAUGUAGGGAAGGAAAAUGGGAUAAUGAAAGUAAGAUAACGCUGCCCACGCCCUUCUGUGCUUUUACUCUGAUGUGUACUUGUAUUUCUCUAAACUGCUCUUGUAUACUGGACCACCUAUGCCACUUUAAGCUUGACCUGGACUGCUGUCUUCUCUGCUCUUGUUACCAAGCACACAAUUGAAGUGACACUCUGUCAAGAUAAAAAGCACUCUCUUGGAGAAGCCAACAGGGCAGCAUCAGGAUUGGACCAAGAAAGCCACAUCAUCUCUGUACUCCACAACACAAAUGAGAGGACAUUUAUACACACACGGGGCAUUUGAACAUAUACAGCCGGUGUACACACACACGUGUACACACUGCCUGUGAACAGGAACCUUUACGGACGUGUCUGCUGUCAGGACACACGUCUACCUGUGGCUUUAUCAGACUUCAAGGUCACAAUGGACUUAAACCUGCUGCUGGUGGGUUUACACACCUGUAGCCAUGUAAAUGUAUCCAAGGCUUACAGCUGCUUUAAUGAUGUCUUAAAAUGCCUAAAGCUUCAGCUUUAAAACAAGCUUCUGCCAUGUAUAGAUUCCUGUAGUAGGGAAUCGAGAUGUAUGCUUGCUGAAUUCAUAAAACUAAAGUUGUACAAUAAGGGUAUUCGCUCUUAGCUUUGUUAUGCUCCAGGGACAACGUACAUAUAUAUAUAUAUAUAUAUAUAUAUAUAUAUAUAUAUAUAUAUAUAUAUAUAUAUAUAUAUAUAUAUAUACACACACACACACACUUCUAUGACAACUUUGUGUCAUCAGACGCUGUAAAACUGAUCUGUUUGUUUUUUUCACCAUGUUUUUAUAUUUGAAUGUCAGCAUUUUGCUCAUCUUUGAGCUGCACACAGUACAGGGACUGAGGUUUGAUUAAAAAAAAAAAACAAAAAAAAAAAAAAAAACACAUGCAGGCCUUAGUCGAAUAGAUUCUGUCAUCAUCAUAUCUGUCUUAAUACAUAUUUACCCCAGACACCCAUCUCCACUUAAUCUACUUUAUCUGCCUUCUUCAACUAUCUGCCAUUCACAUAUAUGUGUGGAUGAAACUUAGAUAAUCCUCAGUCCCUUGACUGUAUUGCUGUUAUGGUGGUCAGUGCUCAGCUAUCUGUUAAACAGUUGCUUUUUCUGCCAUUGUAUGGAAAAGACUGAACCAAGAUGCAAACUGUACAUUGUUAAACACAAAGGAAAAAUGGAUCUGAAUGGUUGUCAUGCCCUUUACAUGGACUUUAAAUGAAUACAAACUGAUCAGUAGAGAAUAUUAUUAUAUAACUGUAAAUUAAUCAAAGUAUUAGAAAUAAUAACAAUAAUAACAUCUUUAUGAUAACCUCAA